ACACGGAGGGAGCGCACGGGGUGGGCACGGCGCGCGCGGAUCGGACCAUGAGCAGGCCAACCGUUUUCUGGGGAGGCCUUCGGUGCCGCCUGAAGAAGACGCUUGAUGAGCGUGACCUGCUGGAGAACCUCGAGGAGCUGCAUUACCAAGUGGAGAGAAUCGAAAGGAUCCAGAACUUACCGGAGAGGAUCGCAGCCAUUGGGCAGAAGUUUCAUGAUCAUUGGGUUACGGUCAGCCUUGCCUUCAGCACAAUGUAUGCAACUGUAUCAGGAAAGGUCCAGGACCAGGCCGUUUCAGUGAAGGCCAAGAUGAUUGACCAGGCCGUUUCAGUGAAGGCCAAGAUGAUAGGAGUGAAGGAUAAACUGAAGGAAAGGCUCUCUCCGCAGAAGGUCAGACCGAACGACGAUCAGCCGGAAGAUGAACCUAUUGCCAUACCAUUGGCAACAGAUUUCUCUCCAUGAGCCGGUACUGAAGACGGCUCUAUUAGUCUCACAACAACGCUUGUCUUUUUUUCAUCAGUGUCUUGCUGUAGCUUGUUAGAUACCGAUCACUGAAUCAGCUUCUGUUCUGGGCAAGUCGGGCAAAAACCAUCUUGCCAACAAUUACCUGAUGUGUGCUGGCUCAGUUCAUGAGCAGAUGGAUGCAUCUCUUGUAUGCGCUACUGUCAGGGCGAGAACAGUAGCAAAUUAGCUGCAACAGCCCUUGUAUGUUUGCCAAGUCCGCCCGCUGAAUCAGGGGCUGCCCUCUGCAUGUGAAAACUUACUCUUCAGUUGCAAGGACAAUUUCUUAAAUUCUCAGGCAACUUCAUGUCUUCUGUAUCAAAACACUGCUCAUUUCUGAUAAGAUUGUGGCCAA